GAUGUAUAGUCCCAUCGAUAAAAAUAUAAAAUAUUUCAAAUAAUAAAGAUUUAAAGAGGGUUUAAGUUUGUUACAACGAUGAACCAAAUUAUCCAUUCUAGAUCAGUGGCCCUAAGAUCCAUCAGCUACCUCCGUCAAUCUUCCGCACUUUUUCACUCGCUCCCCGGCGCCACCGCCACAACUACCCCCGUCCGCCACUUUAGCUCCCCCGGUCAUGCUUUCAACAGCUACCAAAUCAAGCCGCCGACGAACUGGGGGAUCCGUAUCGUGCCGGAGAAGAAGGCGUGUGUGAUUGAGCGUUUCGGCAAAUACGUCAAGACUCUGGACUCAGGGAUUCACUUCCUUGUCCCCGGCGUGGAUCGUAUCGCCUAUGUUCAUUCCCUCAAGGAGGAAGCGAUUCCCAUUGGGAACCAGACUGCGAUUACCAAGGAUAACGUCAGCAUCCACAUCGACGGUGUUCUUUACGUCAAGAUUGUGAAUCCACAUUUGGCGUCUUAUGGCGUUGAGAAUCCCAUCUACGCUGUUAUGCAGUUGGCUCAAACCACUAUGCGUAGUGAGCUUGGAAAGAUUACUCUUGACAAGACGUUUGAGGAGCGUGAUACUCUGAACGAGAAGAUUGUGGAAGCCAUUAACGUUGCUGCAAAAGAUUGGGGUCUUGAGUGCCUUCGUUAUGAGAUACGGGAUAUCAUGCCUCCUAAUGGAGUGAGGGUUGCUAUGGAAAUGCAAGCUGAAGCUGAACGUAGAAAGAGAGCUCAGAUUCUUGAGUCUGAAGGAGAACGCCAAGCUCAUAUCAACAUCGCUGAUGGUAAGAAAAGUUCUGUAAUCUUGGAAUCAGAAGCUGCAAAGAUAAACCAAGUCAACAGAGCAUCAGGUGAGGCAGAAGCAAUAAUAGCUAGAGCACAAGCAACAGCCAGGGGGCUGACCAUGUUGUCUCAAUCCCUCAAUGAAACUGGUGGAGUUGAGGCUGCGAGUAUGAGAAUUGCAGAGCAAUACAUUCAAGCUUUUGGCAACAUCGCUAAGGAGGGUACAACAAUGCUGCUUCCGAGUUCUGCUGCAAAUCCUGCUAACAUGAUCGCUCAAGCUUUGACAAUGUACAAAAGCCUCGUCCCCAAUGGUGGUAUUCAGGAAAGUUCAGCAGUAGUAUCCUCUUCUAAAGCGAAAUAGAAAGACGUGUGGUAGAAGGAAGAACUAGGAAACAACUUUUGAUUAUGAUAUGAGAAACAGUUAUCUUAUCUAAACUCUAAUUUCUGAAACGAGGUUUUUGCACCUGAUUUGAUCCUAUAAUGUUGGUUGUUUUGUUCUUUUACAUCUUCAUUGCAUUGCUUACCAUUAAUAAUCAAGCCAACUCUUAUUUUCCUG